AUGUUUUACGGAGCGAUGGUCUGGGAUCCGUGGCUUAUAGUGGCACAAAUCGCGUGUCUACAGUCGUUAUUCUACCUCUCUCUUGGCGUUUUCCUGUGGCUCUUCGUCGGGUCGCACGUUCCUCGAUUCACGCUCAAGUACUUCUUUGACUACUCCGUGAUCUCGCCGUCCAGCUUCGUCGGCUGGUGCUGCAUAUUCGCGUUUCUGGCGAACGCGUUUGUAGGUGCCUUUUAUCUGGUGGUGGUGGUGGAGCGAACCAAAAAGUGCCUCGACUUUGCAGCCACGGUGCAUCUGCUGCACGCGCUGCUCUGCCUGCUCUACGCACACGUCCCCUCCUCCUUCUCCUUCUGGCUCACCUCCUUCCUCUCCUGCCUGCUCAUGACUCUCCUCGGGGAAUGGCUGGUCGAGUCGAGUCUGAUUAUCUGUUACUACAUGUCUCACAUAAAGAGCCAGAUUCGGUAA